CCAGCGCCUCCCUCUCCCUCCCUUCCCCUCCUCCCCGAGGCCCCGAAUUCCCGAUCUCACCAACGCGGAAAAAACGAAGACAGAAAAAAGGCGAGAGAAAACAAAAAAAAAGUACUACUUCAUCUCGUCUCACACACCACACACCUCAGCCGCCCGCCGUCUCCUCCUCUCCCCUCGCCACGUCGCCGUCCGCCGUCGCGCAGGCGGAGCCCCAGGCGCACCGCGCGGCGCCGCCGGAUCCGCGCGACCCGACCCCGGGAGCGCGGCGCCGCUAGGCCGCCGACUCCGCCUCCGCUACCGCCGCGCGGCCAGAUCCGCCAGAGGCGCGCGCCCGGAUCCGCCGCGCCGACAGGGAGCGCGCCGCCGCACGCCCAGCUCGGCAUUGGCUUGGCUCGAUCCAGAGGCGCUCUGCUGCCGGUUGGAGUAUUCUGUAGUUGUGGAGCUGUGCAUGGUGCUAAAUCGUGCAAACUGCAAAGAUGAGAUGAGUCCAGCACACAGCGUGCUGCAGUCCUGCAUCGUGCAACUGAGCCUGUUCUUGUAGCUGGAGUCCUUAUUGUGAUGAUGCAGGGGUUGAGAGGUGGCAGUUAUAUAUGACUACUGGUGAGCCCUUGCUCCUGUCAGCAUCCGGAAGUGCAGAUUCACCUUCAAAGCAGCAGGCUCCUGCUCGGCCUUCGGUAGCCUCAUUAGGCUGCCUCUGCCCUACUGAUUCAUUCUCUUCAUCACUGUACGAGGAUUGUGACACGGCUUCUGUAAACCUUGCAGAUGAAAGGGAGGCUGAGCCAGAAUAUCGUCGAGAGGAGUCUGAUGUGAGAAGUGUGUCAGAGCGCUUCCAGUCCACUGAUUCACACUUUUUCCAUCGUUUCUCGGUGGAAUGCUCUCAGAAGGAGAGGCAGCGGAAGGUUUCUUGGGGUGGUGCGAUGGAGAUGCAGCGUUCUCCAUCAACCCUAGAGACCGGGAUGGUAUCUACUUCCAAUGAGAAGACAAAUCACUCCCAGAGAGUCAGGAAUAAGAGCUCACAGUUUGAAGAUCCCUUUUCAUCUGAGCAUGAACCAAGGUUAAUUUACAUCAAUGAUCCUAACAGGACAAAUGAUCGAUAUGAAUUCACGGGGAACGAGAUCAGGACAAGCAAGUAUACCUUGAUUACUUUCCUGCCUAAGAACCUCUUCAUACAGUUUCAUCGCCUGGCAUACGUAUACUUCCUAGUCAUAGCUGCUCUUAACCAGCUCCCUCCUUUAGCUGUAUUUGGAAGAACUGCUUCUCUUUUCCCGCUACUUUUUGUGUUGUUUGUGACUGCUAUAAAAGAUGGAUAUGAAGACUGGCGGCGUCACAGGUCCGACAGAAAUGAAAAUAACCGAGAGGCACUUGUCCUUCAACAUGGCGAUUUCCGGUUGAAGAAGUGGAAAAACAUUUGUGCAGGGGAGGUGGUCAAAAUUCAUGCCAAUGAAACUAUGCCUUGCGACAUGGUGUUGCUGGGUACAAGUGAUCCAAAUGGUAUAGCCUAUAUCCAAACUAUGAAUUUAGAUGGAGAGUCAAACCUAAAAACAAGGUAUGCUCGCCAGGAAACUACUGCCAUGGUAUGCGAUGACUCAUAUUCAGGCUUGAUCAAAUGUGAGCAGCCCAACAGAAAUAUCUAUGAGUUUACAGCUACCAUGGAGUUAAACAAUCAGAGGAUUCCACUUGGACAAUCAAACAUUGUAUUACGUGGAUGUCAGCUUAAAAACACAGAAUGGAUUAUUGGGGUCGUUGUGUAUGCCGGUCAGGAGACAAAAGCUAUGUUGAACAGCACGAUAUCUCCUUCAAAGAGCAGCAACCUAGAGAGUUACAUGAACAGGGAAACCCUUUGGUUAUCAGCUUUCCUCUUGAUCACAUGCUCAGUUGUGGCUACAGGGAUGGGGGUUUGGCUGUUUAAAAACUCUAAAAACCUGGAUGCCCUGCCAUACUACAGAAGGAAGUACUUCACCUUCGGUCGGGAGAAUCGAAAAGAUUUCAAGUUUUAUGGCAUUGCUUUAGAGAUAUUUUUCUCCUUCCUCAGUUCUGUGAUAAUCUUUCAGAUCAUGAUACCCAUAUCUCUGUACAUCACAAUGGAGCUAGUCAGGGUGGGGCAGUCAUACUUCAUGAUUGGAGAUACACGCAUGUAUGACAGUAAUUCAGGCUCACGAUUUCAGUGUCGAUCCUUGAAUAUCAACGAGGACCUAGGCCAAAUACGAUACAUAUUUUCAGACAAAACAGGCACCUUGACACAAAACAAAAUGGAAUUUCAGCAAGCUAGCAUCUUUGGGAAGAAUUAUGGAAGUUCUUUGCAAGUCACUAGUGACUUUUCACAUGAAAUAAGAACUACAGAGUCAUUGAGACAAAGCAGCAGUAAGUCCAAAAUCAAUGUUGAUUCGGCACUGAUGGCACUUCUGAAUCAACCAUUGAUUAAUGAGGAAAGGCUUGCUGCUCAUGAUUUUUUCCUUACCCUGGCUGCAUGCAACACAGUAAUCCCAGUCGGCACAGAGAAUACUCACGAUUUGACAAACAAAGUAGAUGAAAUUGGCGCAAUUGAUUACCAGGGAGAGUCACCUGAUGAGCAGGCCUUAGUAACUGCAGCUUCUGCUUACGGGUAUACUCUUGUGGAAAGAACGACCGGUCACAUUGUUAUAGAUGUUCUUGGGGAGAGGUUAAGGCUGGAUGUUCUUGGUCUCCAUGAAUUUGACAGUGUGAGAAAAAGAAUGUCUGUUGUUGUAAGGUUUCCAGACCACAAUGUAAAGGUUCUCGUGAAAGGUGCUGAUACAUCAAUGCUAAGCAUUUUGAAAGUAGAGAUUGGUGAUGGGCUUUAUGAUUCAUUGCACGCUAAAAUUAGAGAAGCUACAGAAGAUCAUCUGUCAGGUUAUUCAUCAGAGGGUCUACGGACCUUAGUGAUUGGUUCGAAAAAUCUGACAGAUGCAGAAUUCAUUGAAUGGCAGGAGAGGUAUGAAGAAGCUAGUACCUCCAUGCAUGAGAGAUCAGCAAAGCUCCGUCAGGCAGCUGGUCUAGUAGAGUGCAAUCUGACUCUUCUUGGUGCAACUGGAAUUGAAGAUAAGUUGCAGGAUGGUGUUCCUGAGGCCAUUGAAUCCCUCCGACAGGCUGGAAUCAAGGUGUGGGUUCUCACAGGAGAUAAGCAAGAAACUGCCAUAUCAAUUGGUUUGUCAUGUCGGUUGUUGACUCAAAGCAUGCAUUCGAUUAUCAUAAAUGGUUCAUCGGAGUUUGAGUGCAGGCGUCUUCUAGCUGAUGCUAAAGCCAAAUUUGGAAUAAAGUCGGCUGAUUUUCGAAGGGAUCCACAAGGUGCAGAUGAUUUGUACAAUGGUGAUAUUUCGAAAUUGAGGUCCUCAAAUGGUCACAUGUCUGGAAGUGCUCCACAAAACUUCGAGUUAACUGGAGUUAUUGCUAGGGACAAGUCAGAGUACAGUGAGAAAGUGACGAAUUUUGACAGCACCGAGCUAGCACUGAUAAUUGAUGGGAGUUCCCUUGUGUAUAUCCUAGAGAAAGACCUUGAAUCAGAGUUAUUUGACUUGGCAACUUCGUGUAAAGUCGUCAUUUGCUGCCGUGUUGCUCCACUGCAAAAGGCUGGCAUUGUUGAUUUGAUUAAAAGCAGAACGAGUGACAUGACCCUGGCGAUUGGUGACGGGGCAAAUGAUGUUUCAAUGAUACAGAUGGCAGAUGUUGGUGUUGGUAUAUGUGGUCAAGAAGGCCGUCAGGCAGUGAUGGCUUCAGACUUUGCUAUGGGACAGUUUCGCUUUCUGAAGAGAUUACUUCUUGUACAUGGGCACUGGAAUUAUCAGCGCAUCGCUUACAUGAUCCUCUACAACUUCUACCGCAAUGCUGUCUUUGUGCUAAUGCUUUUCUGGUAUAUCUUACAUACAGCUUACUCUGCAACUCUAGCAUUAACAGAUUGGAGUAGUGUUUUCUACUCCCUUAUAUACACAUCAGUUCCAACGGUAGUAGUUGGCAUUCUCGACAAGGACUUGAGUCAUAAUACCCUUCUUUAUUACCCGAGACUAUAUGAGGCUGGGCUUCGAAAUGAGGGCUACAACUUGUCACUCUUCUGGAUUACAAUGCUAGAUACCGUGUGGCAAAGCCUUGUCCUUUUCUAUGUUCCUUUCUUCACAUACAAUAUCAGUACAAUGGACAUAUGGAGUAUGGGAAGUUUGUGGACAAUUGCUGUGGUUAUAAUUGUCAAUAUGCAUCUGGCCAUGGACAUUCGACGAUGGGUGCUUAUUACCCAUCUUGCCGUAUGGGGUUCUAUAGCUGCUACGUUUUUGUGCAUGGUGUUAAUAGACUCAAUACCAGUUUUCCCUAACUACGGGACAAUAUACAACAUGGCUGCUUCAACUACCUAUUGGCUGAGUGUUUGUCUUAUAAUAGGCCUUGGGUUGCUGCCUCGGUUCCUUUGCAAAGUAAUACAUGAGACCUUUUGGCCAUCUGAUAUUCAAAUAGCAAGAGAAGCUGAGCUUUUAAAAAAGCUGCCUCAGCAGUUUGGUUCAAGGCCUGAAAGUGAUAUAAGCUAACAGCAGUUGCACACGGUUAUUUUGUCAAUUGACUUGAGGCUGUGUUGAUUCAUUUGUUGAGGUGAUUUUUGUCAAAAUUUUGAUCAUACGCAGAGGACAAAUUUGGUAAGGUAUACAAAUUUGGGUUGCGGAAGAAACUUGAAAAUGCAACGGGCUGACAAAGGGAACUGACUGUACUGGUAUUGACAACAAUGGCUUGGGCCUUCGGGGGUUUUAAUCAAUCAAAUGACAAAUGUACAGAUAUGGGAAAGACGAUACAUACACUGUAUUUUAAGGUAGAGUUUGUGGUAGUCUGUGCUUAGGAAAUAAAGACGUAAAUAGAUACAAAUUCUUUUCGCACUCUGCCAGCCUUCUGUAUCAUCUGACUAUAUAACCACCUUCAUUUUCUUCCAGCUGUAACGGCGUUUGGGUAGUGGCUUGUCCAGUCGGAAUCUUACGUUUUACAGCAAUACAAGGUUCAGUUCUGUAAUCUAGUCUCUUCAAAACCCAUCCAACUUGUUGGGCAUUUGUUUCAUGAUGUCUCAGUUUUACU